CGACCAUGAUCCAUCCAAGCUCUUUGCCAGCCGGUUUCUUAAGGACGCGGUCGUCGAGCUGCCCAAAUUGUCAUCAUACAAGACGCAGCACUGCAAGGAGCCCCAGGCAAGCCCGAGCGCGCAUUGCGUGUCGUUUGAGUUUGGCUUUCGACUCCCCUUCUCUAUAUUUUCCCCACGAGGCGUCCCAUAGCCACCCAGCCCUUCGAACUGCCCCAACUGGCCUAUCCGGCAUGAGUAUUCCCACAUGUCGUCUUCACAUUCUCUCUCGCACCUCCAAUUCCAGCACGUACGGGAUUCCUUCACGACGCAGACCUGUCCGGACAGCCCUCAACCCAUACGAUAGCAACUUGGAAGGAGUACGAGUCAUCAGUCCACAUUUGACGCGCUCUUGCACAGUCCGAUGGUCCAAGAGCUCUGAGCCCGCCACUCGGAAUCUGUACAACUAGUGUUCCCUGUUGUUAAGCAUGUUGGCGCACAUUACCGUAGCGUUUCCAGAUAUUACCUUGCUGGCUCCGUGAGGCGGAGAGACAACGAUCAUAGACGACGGUCGCCAUGGAUCCAAUGGACGAAGACCCGGACGGCGGUCACCCCGGGCCCUCGCUGCCACCGCCCACGCCCGGUGGGACCAACCCUGCGCCAGCCCAUAGUUCGUCGUCGGCUGCUACUCCAUCGUCUGUCUCGGCGGUUGGUCCUGCUUCUCAGCACUCCGGCGUGUCCAAGAGGAGGAGAGGUCUUGGGGUUGUGACACCGAAUGCUUGCACCGAAUGUCGCAAGAAGCGUGCAAAGUGCGACGGGCAGAGACCAUGCGGUCGAUGUAAAACUCAGAAGGACGUGGAGUGUAUAUAUGAAAUCCCGGUCCGACAGUCCAAGGAAAACCUUCGAAACGAAAUAGAACAGCUCCGGAAGGCGCAGCGCUGCAACGACAAGGUCUUCACGGCUCUCACCCGAAGCGACCAUUGGGAAGAUGUUCUCAAGCGGCUGCGAAAUGGCCAAAGUGUGGAAGACGUGUCCGAAUGGCUGCAUAGUCUUCACUCGCAGCAAGGGGCUGGCGCGCUUCCUCCCAUCAGCCGCAUCAUGGGCUCUGCGGGCGUUGGCUACGGCAGCGUGCCUCCGCGCGGACUGACUGGGUUUCCUGCUGGACCGUCGACCGGUUACAUGCCGUUAUCUUCCGCGUACCAUGCUGUUAGCCCGGUGUCCAGCCAUGCCCCGUAUAGCACUCAGCCUGUAGACCACCAGAGUCCUUGGGGCGGUCAUUUUUCAACCCAAAGCCACACUACCCGCAGUGAUUCGACCCCAGACAUAAUGAACUGGAGCUCUUCGGAUACAAUUCGACCGCCUCACCACUCCCGAGUAGGGUCGUGGAUUGAAAGCCAGGGCACUCCUCCUAAUCCUGCUCGAUUUCGGGGACUGGAUAGCGUCUUGAUUCCCGGCUUUGAAGGGAUACGGGUCCCGACGGCAACAUGGACCAAUAUAACAUCAGACCCAGCCCUUGUUCAGCAUCUUCUGGCGCUGUACUUUUGCUGGGAAUAUCCCACCUUUGCGUCACUGAGCAAGGAGCAUUUUCUGCGAGAUUUCACCGACGGCCGGCCAAGAUUCUGUUCCUCCAUUCUUGUGAAUGCGCUGCUUGCACUUGGGUGCAGAUUCUCGAGCAAACCAAACACUCGGUCCAACCCAGAUGAUCCCCACACAUCUGGAGAUCACUUCUUCAAAGAGUGUCAGCGCCUUUUUCAUCUGGAAACUGACCACCACAGUUUAACGACCAUCCAGGCCCUUGGAAUAAUGUCCAUCAGAGAGGCCAGCUGCGGCAGGGACUCGGAAAGUUGGUAUUACGCUGGCCAGAGCAUUCGUCUGGCUAUUGAGAUGGGGCUUCAUCGUGUGGAAGACGACGGCAAAGAUGACGACCUAGCUGCUGUCCAAGCAGCCACAUUCUGGGGGGCCUUUGCCCUGGACCACGCAUGGUCUUUGGCGACUGGAACUCUGCCUCAAUGCUCCUGCUUUCCACGGCUCCCGCCAAAACCCGCGAUUAUAGACGACAUUGAGGCCUCUCUGUGGAUUCCCUAUACAGAUGAUGGUAAGGGGAUCACCAUACCCGGACCACCAACAACCGAUGGAAGGCUAAACUCAACAUCAGGCACACCGCUCGAGAGGUCGUGUGAGCAGCCCUCGAAUGUACGGUCGGUCUACAAAUGUUUCUGUGAGCUCAGUGAGCUUGUUCACCAAUCCCUGUACAUUAUGCAUUCCCCUGGGCGGCCACUCACCAGCAAAGACCUGCUUGCUAUUUACACGCAGUAUUUGGACUGGUACGAUCGAAUACCGGAGGUUCUCCGCCUGGGCCACAACUUCACCCCGGCGGUCUUGUUUGCCCAGUACGUUUUCUUGUUGGUCUUUUGCGUUAACUUUUGGAUUCUUGCUCAUACUGUUCUGUUUGGCAGCAUGUACUACCAUUUUGCCAUUCUACUUCUGUUCCGGCCAUUGAUCAGGCUUCGUAUCAUUGGCUCGGGGGUCUCUCCCCGGGACGUGUGCUCCCAAGCAUCAGACGCCAUUUCUGGCCUUCUGCGCUCAUACUCGCAGCUGUACACGCUGAGACGAACACCGUCAUUUGUUCCCUACUUUGUACUUACCUCGGCAAUCAUGCAUCUUGCCAUUGGAGCGGCACGGUCAGAGGAGAGAAACAUGGCCCCUAAGACCGGUGGCGAUCUUACCCAGUCUCUCAAGAGAGCGGCACAAAUAGAUCCCGGUGUUGCUGAUGCGCUCAGCCGCGGUAUUGCUGACUUGACAGAGAUGGCACCAUGUCAUCAUUUUGCAGAACAAGCUCUCAACAUUCUCCGGUUUCUUGCCAAAAAGUGGGACAUCAAUGUGGACAUACAAGUUGCUAAAGGGGAAGCGAACGUGAGCGCGGAACCAGAGAUGAUCGAUUCAGCAACUCGCCCAUCAACAAGCAGCCUCAACUUUUUUGCCCCCAACUUCGCCAAGUCUGACUUCAACUGCACGUGGGGCGAAGGCGACGGAACGGCACCCGGAACAGGGAAGGGACAAGAGGGCAAACCGGCGGGCGCCGAGAAUAUAUCCAGUAGCAUGGAGAAUCCUCUGUUCUGGCCCUUUCCAAUGCAAGGCCGUCCGAUGUUGGCCAGCGGGAAGGAAUUGGAGGAGGCAGGCUUCGAGCUGCUGUAA